AUGGAAGAGAUAAAUUUAAGUGAUGAUAAACUUAUAUCUACGAUAAAAAGACAGAAUAAAAUUGAUACAAUGAAUAUGCGAAUAGUGAAGAAAAUAAUGAAAGGAAAGAAAAAUAAUGACAACCAGUCUAAAAAACGAGAAGGUAAAGAGGGAUCAAUAAUAGUAGAAACANAUGAUGAAACACACGAGUUGAUUCUGAAGAAAAGUAAACUAAAUAUAGGAUGGAAGAAAUGUCCUCUAUUUAAUCAUGUUAGUGUUAAAAGAUGUUUUAAAUGCUGGGGUUAUUAUCACAUAGCUAACAACUAUGUGAGAGACGAGACAUGUCACAAAUGUGCAGGAAAUCACAACUCGAAUGACUGUUCAGCGACAAAGAAGAAGUGUGUAAAUUGUAUGUUCAAAAUUCGAACAUACAACUUAAAACUAAAUGACGAGCACGACGCUCUCAGUGUGGAGUGUCCAACAUUUAAGAGAGCAUUGCAAGAAGAGAAGAGGAGAGCUGGCUGGAAGGACACUAAAUAG